AUGACGGACGCAGACAAGUUCCUGUAUGGGGACCGGAGCUCGACGAACAACCCUCUGGCUCAGGCCGACUGGGCCACCAAGAAGCUGGUGUGGAUCCCCAGCGAGAAGAUGGGCUUCGAGGCCGGCUCCGUCAAAGAGGAGCAAGGAGACGAGUGUCUGGUGGAGCUGACGGACUCGGGCAAGAAGGUGAAAGUCAACAAGGACGACAUCCAGAAGAUGAAUCCACCCAAGUUCAAUAAGGUGGAGGACAUGGCGGAGCUCACCUGCCUGAACGAGGCGUCCGUGCUUCACAACCUCAAGGAGAGAUACUACUCCGGACUCAUUUAUACGUAUUCGGGUCUCUUCUGCGUGGUGGUCAACCCGUACAAGUACCUGCCCAUCUACACCGAGGAGAUCGUGAACAUGUACAAGGGCAAGAAGAGACACGAGAUGCCUCCUCACAUCUACGCCAUCACCGACACGGCCUACAGGAGCAUGAUGCAGGAUCGUGAGGACCAGUCCAUUCUCUGCACUGGCGAAUCUGGAGCAGGAAAAACUGAAAAUACCAAGAAAGUCAUUCAGUAUCUUGCACACGUCGCCUCAUCGUUCAAGUCCAAGAAGGAUCAGGGCAGUGCUGUGUUGUCACAUGGGGAGCUGGAGAAGCAGCUGCUGCAGGCGAACCCCAUCCUGGAGGCCUUCGGCAACGCCAAGACGGUCAAGAACGACAACUCCUCCAGAUUUGGAAAGUUCAUCAGGAUCAACUUCGAUGUGAAUGGAUACAUCGUUGGAGCCAACAUUGAAACUUAUCUGCUGGAGAAGUCUCGAACCAUCAGGCAGGCGAAAGAGGAGCGGAGCUUUCACAUCUUCUACUACAUGCUGACCGGAGCAGGAGACAAGCUGCGCUCUGAAUUGUGUCUGGAAGAUUACAGCAAGUAUCGCUUCCUGUCCAACGGAAACGUGACGAUUCCUGGACAGCAGGACAAAGACCUGUUCACUGAAACUAUGGAGGCUUUUCAGAUCAUGAGCAUCCCAGAAGAGGAAAGAAUAGGCCUGCUGAAGGUGGUGUCUGCCGUGCUGCAGCUGGGAAACAUGACUUUCAAGAAGGAGCGUCACUCCGACCAGGCGUCCAUGCCUGACGACACCGCCGCACAGAAAGUGUGUCACCUGCUGAGCAUCAACGUGACGGACUUCACCCGAGCCAUCCUGUCCCCCAGAAUCAAGGUGGGCAGAGACUACGUCCAGAAGGCUCAGACCCAGGAGCAGGCAGAGUUUGCCGUGGAGGCUCUGGCCAAAGCUUCUUACGAGAGGAUGUUUCGCUGGUUGGUCAUGAGGAUCAACAAGGCUCUGGACAAAACCAAGAGACAGGGCGCCUCCUUCAUCGGCAUCCUGGACAUCGCCGGGUUUGAGAUCUUUGAGCUGAACUCCUUCGAGCAACUGUGUAUCAACUACACCAACGAGAAGCUGCAGCAGCUCUUCAACCACACCAUGUUCAUCCUGGAGCAGGAGGAGUAUCAGAGGGAGGGCAUCGAGUGGAGCUUCAUCGACUUCGGCCUGGACCUGCAGCCCUGCAUCGACCUCAUCGAGAAGCCGGCGGGUCCUCCAGGCAUCCUGGCUCUGCUGGAUGAGGAGUGCUGGUUCCCCAAAGCCACAGACAAGAGCUUCGUGGAGAAGGUGGUCCAGGAGCAGGGAACCCACCCCAAGUUCCAGAAGCCAAAGAGCUUCAAGGACGAGGCCGACUUCUGCGUCAUGCACUACGCUGGAAAGGUGGACUACAUAGCCAAUAAGUGGCUGCUGAAAAACAUGGACCCUCUGAAUGAGUGUGUGGCCACUUUACUGAACCAGUCCACCGACAAGUUCACAGCCGACCUGUGGAGAGACAUGGAUCGUAUCGUCGGCCUGGAUAAAGUGGCGGGAAUGUCGGACUCGAUGCACGGUGCGUUCAAGACCCGUAAGGGGAUGUUCCGCACGGUCGGCCAGCUGUACAAGGAGCAGCUGGGGAACCUCAUGGCCACGCUCAGAAACACCAACCCCAACUUCGUCCGCUGCAUCAUCCCCAACCACGAGAAGAAGGCCGGUAAACUGGAGCCUCACCUGGUCCUGGACCAGCUGAGGUGUAACGGGGUCUUGGAGGGGAUUCGUAUCUGCAGACAGGGCUUCCCGAACCGGAUCGUCUUCCAGGAGUUCAGACAGAGAUAUGAAAUCCUCACUCCCAAUGCGAUCCCCAAGGGCUUCAUGGAUGGAAAACAAGCCUGCGUGCUCAUGAUCAAAGCCCUCGAGCUCGACCCAAAUCUGUACCGCGUCGGUCAGAGCAAGGUGUUCUUCAGAGCCGGAGUCCUGGCCCACCUGGAGGAGGAGCGAGACAUGAAGAUCACGGACGUCAUCAUCAGCUUCCAGGCCUGGUGCCGAGGAUACGUGGCUCGCAAAGCCUUUGCCAAGAGACAGCAGCAGCUGACCGCCAUGAAAGUCAUCCAGAGAAACUGUGUCGCUUACCUGAAACUCAGGAACUGGCAGUGGUGGAGACUUUUCACUAAGGUGAAGCCUCUGUUACAAGUGACCCGGCAGGAGGAGGAAAUGCUGGUGAAGGAGGAAGAGCUGAUGAAGAUGAAGGAGAAACAGGUUCAGGCUGAGGAGCAGAUCAGGGAGUUUGAGGCCAAACAGCAACAGCUGUCGGCGGAGAAGCUGGCCCUGCAGGAGCAGCUCCAGGCGGAGGCUGAGCUGUGUGCAGAGGCUGAGGAGAUGAGGUCCCGCCUGGCCACCAGGAAGCAGGAGCUGGAGGACAUCCUGCAUGAUUUGGAGUCUCGCCUGGAGGAGGAGGAGGACCGAGUCACCCAGAUGCAGACCGAGAGGAAGAAGAUGCAGGAGAACAUCACGGAGCUGGAGCAUCAGCUGGACGAAGAGGAAGGCGCCAGACAAAAGCUUCAGAUGGAGAAGGUCACGACGGACGCGAAGCUGAAGAAACUAGAGGAGGACAUCAUGGUGCUGGACGACCACAACAACAAGCUCGGCAAGGAGAAGAAACAGCUGGAGGAGAGGAUCUCAGAGUUUACCACCAACUUAGCUGAAGAAGAAGAAAAAUCUAAAAGUCUGCAGAAGCUCAAAAACAAGCAUGAAGCCAUGAUCACAGACUUGGAGGACCGUCUGAGAAAAGAGGAGAAACAGCGUCAGGAGUUGGAGAAAAACCGCCGUAAGCUUGAGGGAGACUCCACGGAGCUGAAUGACCUGAUCGCGGACCUGCAGGCUCAGAUCGCUGAGCUCCGAGCUCAGCUGGCCAAGAAGGAGGAGGAACUGCUUGCUGCCUUGGCCCGGAUCGAGGAAGAGGCUGCAGCGAAAAACACGGCCCAGAAGAAGAUCCGGGAGCUGGAGGCCCAGAUCGCAGAGCUGCAGGAGGACCUGGAGAUGGAGAGGGUGGCUCGAUCCAAGGCGGAGAAGCACCGCAGGGACCUGGGAGAGGAGCUGGAGGCUCUGAAGACCGAGCUGGAGGACACGCUGGACUCCACCGCAGCCCAGCAGGAGCUCAGGUCCAAGCGAGAGACGGAGGUCGCUCAUCUGAAAAAGACGCUUGAGGAAGAGGCCAAGUUUCACGAGGAGCAGGUGGAGGACAUGAAACAAAAACACAAGCAAGCAUUUGAUGAGAUCAACGAGCAGCUGGAGCAAGCCAAAAAGAGCAAAGUGUCGGUGGAGAAAACCAAGCAGGCCCUGGAGAGCCAGCUGAGCGAGCUGCAGAUCGAGCUGGACACUCUGACAAAAGGAAAGAGCGACUCCGAGCAUCGUCGCAAGAAGGCCGAGUCUCAGCUUCAAGAGCUGCAGAUCAAACAUGAGGAAGCUGAGAGGCAGAGACAAGACCUGGAAUCCAAAACUGCCAAAAUGCAGAAAGAGCUGGAGAAUGCAAACGGCCUCCUGAGUGAAGCGGAGGGCAAAAACAUCAAAACCAGCAAGGACCUCUCUUCAUUUGAGUCUCAGCUUCAGGAUACGCAGGAGUUGCUCCAAGAAGAGACUCGGCAGAAGCUCGGGCUGUCGAGCCGCCUCAGGCAGCUGGAGGAGGAGCAGAACAACCUGCGGGAGAUGCUGGAGGACGAGGAGGAGAGCAAGAAGAACGUGGAGAAGCAGCUUUCCUCUCUGCAGGCUCAGCUUGCAGAGCAGAAGAAGCUGGUGGAGCAGGAAACCAUAUCGCGAGAGGAAACCGAGGAGAGCCGCAAGAAGAUCCAGCGGGAGAUGGACAACAUCACUCAGCAGCUGGAGGAGAAAACGUCGGCCUACGACAAGCUGGAGAAGACCAAGACCCGCUUACAGCAGGAGCUGGACGACAUGAUGGUGGACCAGGACCAGCUGAGGCAGAUCGUCUCCAACCUGGAGAGGAAGCAGAAGAAGUUCGAUCAGAUGCUGGCAGAGGAGAAAACCAUUUCCACUCAGUACGCCGAGGAGCGCGACAAGGCUGAGGCCGAGGCCCGAGAAAAAGAAACGCGAGCUCUGAAUCUGGCUCGAGAGCUGGAGGCCAUGACGGACCUGAAGGACGAGCUGGACCGCACCAACAAGCUGCUCAAGGCAGAAAUGGAAGACUUGGUUUCCUCCAAGGACGACGUCGGCAAGAGUGUCCACGAGCUGGAGAGGUCGAAGCGCGCCAUGGAUCAGCAGCUGGAGGAGAUGAGGACCCAGCUGGAGGAGCUGGAGGACGAGCUGCAGACCACCGAAGACGCCAAACUGCGGCUGGAGGUCAACAUGCAGGCCAUGAAGGCCCAGUUUGACCGAGACCUGCAGGCCAGAGACGAGCAGGGAGAGGAGCGCAGGAAGCAGCUCGUCAAGCAGGUGCGGGAGAUGGAGGUGGAGCUGGAGGAUGAACGCAGGCAGCGCAGUCAGGCUCUCUCCUCCAGGAAGAAACUGGAGAUGGACCUGGCAGAGCUCGAGGUCCAGAUCGACGCCGCCAACAAGGGACGCGACGAUGCCCUCAAACAGCUGAAGAAACUCCAGGCCCAGAUGAAAGAGCUGAUGAGGGAGCUGGACGAGCUCCGUCUGUCCAGGGAUGAAGCCGUCAACUCGGCCAAGGAGACGGAGAAGAAGCUGAAGGCUCUGGAGGCAGACACUCUGCACUUCCAGGAGGAUCUGGCUACAGCAGAAAGACUCAAGAGACAAGCGCAGACGGAGAGAGACGAACUUCAGGAUGAAAUCAACAGCAGCAACACAAAGAACUCUCUGCUGACUGAUGAAAAGAGAAGGCUGGAGGCUCGUAUCGCCCAGCUGGAGGAGGAUCUGGAGGAGGAGCAGCUCAACACUGAGAUGGUCAAUGAUCGUCUGAAGAGGGCCACGCUGCAGACGGAGCAGCUGACCACCGAGCUGUCCACGGAGCGCAGCACCUCCCAGCGCCUGGAGGGGGCGCGUUCGCAGCUGGACCGCCAGAACAAGGAGCUCAAGCUGAAGCAGCAGGAGCUGGAGGGAACCAUCAAGUCCAAGUACAAGUCCACCAUCGCCACCCUGGAGGCCAAGAUCAUCCAGCUGGAGGAACAGCUGGACGUGGAGUCAAAGGAGCGCCAGCAGGCCUCCAGACUGGCCAGGCGAACAGAGAAGAAGCUGAAGGAGGUGCUGCUGCAGGUUGAGGACGAGCGGCGUAACACGGAGCAAUACAAAGACCAGGCGGAUAAGACAAACAGCCGAAUGCGUCAACUGAAGCGCCAGCUGGAGGAGACGGAGGAGGAGCUGACCAGGGCCAACGCCUACCGCAGGAAGCUGCAGAGGGAGCUGGACGACGCCACCGAGUCGGCAGACGCUUACAACCGAGAAGUCAGCACUCUGAAGAGCAAGCUGAGGACCGGGCUGCCUUACAGCUACAAGCGGACCCUGAACCGCAGCGGCCUGGAGAGCGAUGAAGACGUGGAGGCGUCGGCGGAGGCCGAGCCGGAGCCGGCCGCUGAGUGAGCGCACAGAGGACAAACUAAAAGGGAAAUGUCUUCAUGACCACUGUCAACAUGCAAAUAAAUAUAUCAGCUUUGCAGCGUAACAAAUGUUUUUGCCUUAUUUUCCCCUUUGUCCAUGCAGUCUAUCUGUAUUCAGCCAAAUCCUGUAAGUGAAUGUUGGUUUUUCUUUUUUACUAAAGGUUCCUCAAAUACUUCUCUAUUUUUCUACUGAAUGGUCGAUCAUGCCAUAAAAUGUUGCUGUUCUAAAGCCGUUAGAAUAUAAACCUGUUCUGGCUUGAGGUUGAUGUGCUGUUCGUACUUUGGGGCACAACGUGCAUCAUUUAUUGCUCUUUUUGCACACAGACGUUUUUUGGGGACUUUUGCCGAAGUUAGAAAACACCCUUCACUUUUCACUGGUAUUGACAUAAAUCUGUACCUCGACUUUCACUGUUGUUACCUCAACAAACUGGUUCAAUGCCAACAUCACGGACACAAGUGGCAAAAUGUCCAGACGUACUGCAGUCAUGUUGUAACCGUAUCCAGAGUGCUUGCUUGAUGUUUCCUCUCACUGGUGUUACUCUUCAUGGGUGGUGGGUUAUUAUAUGAAAGCCUCCUGUGCAGCAGAUGAGUUGUGUAUCGAUGUGUUAGUCUCAAAAUACUGAAUCCAGCUUAUUUUAGGAAACCUUGUAUGCUCCCACUGUAUCGUCAACCAUAAAUCACUGAGGCCAACGCUGUGAGGCUAUUCUAUAUUUUAUGAAAUGCCUUAAUAAAUGGAACAGAUAUGAAAUGCAACUGACUCAA